AUGAAUCACUUAAAACAUCAUUAUAAUCAUAAUAUAACUUAUGAUUUAAUUCAAAAAUUAAAUUUUAAUAAUAUUUUUAAAAUACCUACAAUUAAUAAAAUUAUAUUAAAUAUAGGUUUAAAAAAUUCGAAUAUGGAAAAAAAAAAAAUGAUAUCUAUUGUUUUAUUAUUACGUUUAAUAAUAAAUCAACAGAUUUUAAAUACUAAAUCAAAAAAAAAUAAUAUAAUUUUUAAAAUUAAAAAAGGUGAUAUUAUGGGUUGUAAAAUAACAUUAAGAAAACAAAAUAUUUAUAUUUUUUUAGAAAAAAUUAUUAUUUUUGUAUUACCAAAUAUUAAAGAUUUUAAAGGUAUUUAUGUUAAUAAAAAAUCUACAAAUAUUUUAAAUUUUAAAAUCAAAAAUAUUUUAAAUUUUUUUGAAUUAGAAAAAGAAUUUUUAAAAUUUCAAAAUUUACCUUUUAUUGAUAUAAGUAUUCAUACUACUUGUAAAUCAUAUAAAUAUUUAUAUUUAUUAUUAAAUCAAUUUAAUAUACCUAUAAUUGAUAAAAAAUAA